UGUGAUUAGCUAGUUCUACCCUCAGGUGACCUUCAAAUUACCGCUAAGUUCACUUUCAACAUGCCUGGGUUGGACACUCUUGAGGUUCCUGAUAUUCCAGAAGUAAAAUAUGAAUGUUACAUUCCUGGGGUAAUAACCAAACAGAAGCAUUUGAACAAAUUGCCAUGGCGAUGUUCAACUAUAUGACAACAAACUACGACUCAGUGGAUACUUCACAAAGAUUUGAAAUUGAAGCUGAUGGUCACGAUAUGAUGUCAUUACUUUUUCAUUUUCUGGAUGAAUGGUUAUUCGCGUUUUCAGCUGAUCCAUUUUUCAUUCCACGGGUAAAUCUUCGUUGGUUAAUGAAGAAAUCUUGUGUAUUUUUUGCGUAUCGGUUUAUUGGAAGUUAGUUUUUCAAGUAAUCAAGUGACUUCGGAUGAUAACCGACAACCUCUUUGUGUCCACGUUAACAAUAUCACAUGUUUCACAUUGACCGUGGUUUAGUAGUCAACGAUUAAUGUUACAAACCGAUUGAAUAACUCAAUCUGAUUAUAUCAAAUAUUUUGUUAUUUGAUACGAAUAUCGUUCAAACUUUCCCCAAAAUCUGCUCAGUCCAACUCUUUGUUGUAAGUUUCAUUGUGUCUAAACUGCUUAAGAUACUAGAAUAAUUACUCAGAUCUGGUUUAACUAUUUCAAAUUGAGGAAAAGAUAUAGCAUCAUAACUAUUCAUAAUUUUGUUAACAAUUGUUUACAUGCAGUUAGACUGAAAAUUUCAAUCUAAUUAAAAGACAAUGACAUGUUUUCACUAAAUCCUUUCACUUUAACAAAUAAGGCCUCGGAUGUAAAUAAAGUUAGAGGAUUUAUAUUUUUAGCUUUACCUACAUAUCAGGCCUUAUUAUAAUAAAUCGAGGUAGUCAAAGAAGUGGACAAUUAUAUUACCUAGUUGCCUACAUCUCAAUAAUUAGAAUAAAGUUUCAACUUGUAACCUGGUAGCUAAAACUCAGGUGUUUUAGCCACCACUCUUAGCUAGCUUUUGCAAAAUCCUCAUACUAUAGUAAUCUUUCGAAGAAUUGUAAUUAACUAUGUUGGGUAAUUAUUUCUCUAUGCUUGUGUUACUCUUCUACCAGUGACUUUAUCAUUUGGGGUUUUGUAGUGGUCUUUCUAUUUCAAUGCACUUCAUCCUCCUUUUGUAACUAUUAUUACUAUGUAAUUGUUAAAUAUUUGUAGUAUACUUGUAGAUUUACCUCCCUCACUGCAUAUUCGGUUAUUUUUAAUGUCAAAAGUCUGUACAUCGCUUGUAAUUUAGUGCCAUUUGUUAUGUCACUCAUAUGUUCCUGUUGCUUUCUGAAUGAACUUCAAAUCAUUUUUCUUGAGUGAAACUUUCAAUUACUUUAGUAGUCGUUUACAAACUGAAUUUUUGGGUUUGUUUAUACUACAUUUGUUUUUCUUAUUAGAUUGUUAAAAUAACAGAAUUUGAUAAGGAAAAAUUCCACAUUAAAUCAUCUGGGUAAGUUCUGUGCUUUUUAAGGAAAAGAAAACCAAUGUCAUAUUAAUUUAUUGUUAUAGUUGGGGUGAACCUUUUGACAUUUCAAAACAUCCUCAGGUUGGUUAUACUCUUCGUUUUGUCCUUAAUGUUAAAGUACUUUGUAUAAUGUUUAGUUAUUUCGAUUAGUGAUUACAAACUUAUUGAUGUGAUUUACAGAUUUAAUUUUAGAAAAGCACAAAAAGCCCUGUACCUCGUAAACCAGUUGCAUUAUUAUUAUUAUUAUUAUUGCUGUAGGAUUUAUUCCAAACAGCACGACAUUGGCUCAUACUUAACUUUCAACAUGUCUUUUAAAUCAUAUUUUAUUGAAGAUCAUAUUACUUUUAUUUCGAAUAAUUAUAAUUUUUAUUAAAUAUUUUCUUUGCAAAAUUCCAGGGUACUGAAGUGAAAGCUAUCACCUAUUCGAAUAUGCAAAUUCAUGAAAAUGAACAUAUGCACGAAUUGUUUGUAAUUAUUGAUAUUUAAAAAAUUAUGUUAAUAUAUACAUUUAUUUGAAACU